AUGAUCUCGCAGCAAUCCCGCCGAGAGAGAGCUUACAGCGACAAAGCUCAAGCAAUGUCUGUUACAGCUCCACAAAGGCCAGGCAUGGGAAGCCGAACUUCUUCAGCUCCAGGGGGCCUUUAUCAACUCGAUGAGGCAUGGAAGCCAGAGACAGGGACGAAAGUCGAACACACAUUGCUGGAGGAGGAUGAGGGGUCGCCAAUUGCGGGCGACUUGAUCAAGCGCACAGGACUUCGUCAGCAGGAUGAAUCUUCCAAGAGCGGUUUCCCUGAAGUGACCAUUGCAGUGGCCGGCGAAGAAAAUGCCGGGAAAACUAGCUUUGUCAAAUGUGCCCUGGAUAUGAAGAAUUCACCUGCCUCCUCUAUGAACAAGAAGAAAAUGUCGUUGAACGGAUCGGUUUACAUUGUGCAUCUGAUAGAAGUCGACUUGACCCAGGUUCAAUUCGACCAGGACAAGAGGAUCAUCUGGCCGCGUACAGGGCGCGACAAUUCUGCGCCAGUCAUUGACGGGGUUUUGGUUCUACAUGAUGCCACCAAGCCGGAUCGGCUCUCAUUAACCACGAAGCUCAUUGACUCAUUGGCUGCCUCGGAUCUUCCUUUCUUGCAGGUCGCCUGUAAAUGCGAUGUCAAUUCUGAACCUUUGGAAGACAGCGAAGUGGAUGUGGAUGAGAUUCAUGACCGAUACGAGAUCUAUCGAACAUCGUUUUCCUCGCCUCGAUCUCAACGCAUUUGUAUAGCGUUGGUUUUGCGUGCAGUUAUUUCAACCCGAGAAGAUCUGUCUAAUUCAGAUAUUCCUCUGGUUUCAAACCCGAGAACAAAUAAACCCAAUCACUACGAUUGGCAUCAUACCCGUUCCAACUCGGAAACCCCCUCAGCCGUGUUCACAGCCGCUGGCGGCCCACAAACGGCCUCGGAUCAAUGUGUCGAUGGGGAUGGUGAGAACCGUCUCGCAAUCGACGGAAACCACUUGCAGCAUACGCCCAAUUCCCACCGUUAUGCCCGCAGUAACUCCCAACCGGUGCGACCGCAGACUCCGCCAUCCGGCGCGCGUUUAAAUCCCCGCAGCCCGUCAGCACAGGAAGCACAAGAACAAAACUCGCUCAAUCACGAUAGCCGUCAGCAACGAUUGCAUACCGCCUGGCGACAUAGUGGAGGAUCAGACGCUUUCAACAGUUUCUUAAACAUGGAUGACGAGGUAGAUGAUGGGCAGAGCCGGCCCGCGAGCCCUGGCGCAGUCGUGCGACCAAAGCCAAGCAGCGAGAGCAACUCGAGUGCAGAAACGGGUUUAUCGUUUGAUGAGCUAGUUGACCGUUUGAUUUCCCUGCCAUUGUCGAAACAAGACCACAAGUUCCGUUCUACAUUCUUAUGUUUGUACCGAAAGUUUGCCGCCCCUGCAAGUCUCUUAGGUGCCUUGAUAAGCCGAUUCGAGCGAAAUGAGAUGAGCAACGAUGAUCAGCUGGCCCGAAUGGCGGAUCAGCUGCGAUUGCUCGAUGUCAUGGCUGAAUGGGCCUCGGACUAUCCUGGAGAUUUCGCUCAUCCUAAUCUUCGCAAGCGGAUCCUUGAAUUUGUCGCUAUACUUGAAAAGAGCCACUUCUACAUGUUCGCUGCCAAAGAGAUCGGAUCUCAAUUAGACUCAAAUGCAGAAGAUGAUGAUGUUGGUUGGGCAUACGGGGGUGACAGUGAUGCCGAUGACUCUCCACUGGUUGAGACAUUCUUCGAUAACUCCGGCCGAAGUUCUCCAGCAGGGGCUCUUACUGCCGCUGGCUCUGGCUCUGGCACUAACACCUACGACACCGAAGAAGAACAAGAUCCCAUCUACAGUAUGAGUGCGCUGGAUCUCAGUAAUGGACCGCAUGACUCGACAUCACGACUCUCGGGCACUCUUUCAGUCUCAUCAAACCAUGAGAAACCUAAUACCACCACCAGUCAGUCAUUCACAUUGCUGAGCCUCGAAGCAGCCCAAAAAGAGGCUUUGCGUCUUGAAUUAACCCAUAAGACUUUACUUGGCAAACUCCAAUGGCGGAUUUUCAUGGACGCCCCAGAAGAAGAAUUCGCACGAGAACUGACACGGAUUGACUGGAUCAUGUACAACUCAUUCCGGCCGCGUGACCUUGUGCGUCAUGUCAGCCUCUCGGGCAUAGACAAGGAUACGAUCAAGAGCUUGACGAACGUUAACCGGAUGAUCAAACAAUUCAAUCAUCUGGCCUUCUUUGUAGCCAGCCUCAUUCUCUUACGCGAUAAGCCUAAGCAUAGAGCGCAGGCGCUUGAGAAGUUCAUGAACAUCGCAGUGAAACUCCGACGCCAAAACAACUACAACUCCUUGGGUGCUGUAAUUGCCGCCAUCAACGGCACCCCCGUCCAUCGCCUCACGCAAACUCGAGACCUGAUCCCCAUCCCAGUCCAGAAAGAGUUUAUGCGUCUGGUCAUCCUCAUGAGCACCCAACGAAGCCACUUUGCCUACCGCCUUGCCUGGGAGAAUUCUUUCUCAGAGCGAAUCCCAUUCCUACCGCUCCAUCGUCGUGACCUUGUCUCUGCUGAAGAAGGCAACAAGACAUUUUUCGGCGAGAACAAAUCUCGCAUCAACUGGAAGAAAUUCGAGGUCAUGGGUGAGGUUGUUCUUGGCAUCCAACGAAGCCAGAAGAGCCCUCAUCCCCAGGCUCAGAAGUUCGAUGAUAUCGAGCGACUGAUCCUGGACUCGAAGCUCUCUGGAGACGAAGAGGACUUGUAUGCUCGUAGCUUAUAUGUCGAGCCGUCCACGGGAGCCGAGGGACGAAGGAAGUUCGGCUGGUUGCGCUCUUGA